CAUUAGUAAAUCGAUUCUAUUAAAAAAUUCAUUGCAAAAGCAAUUUAUGUUUUCCCUCAUUUUCGUCUCUUGAAAUAAGAAAACUAAGGAGAUUUGCUCCACUACCAUGUAAUGGCUUCUGCCCAUGCAACAUCCCCUCUAAUUCAAUGUACCAAUUUCCAUACAAACAAACCCUUAUGGAUGUCUUCACCCUCUUACACCCACCUCCUCACCCAUCCCUCCCUCUUCCCUCUCCUCCAAACCUGCAAAUCCAUGAGAGAAUUGCACCAAAUCCAUGCGCAAAUACUCACAUCAGGCUUCUCUCACAACCCGUAUGCUCUAAGUAGCAUACUAGAAUUCACAGCUAUAUCACCCUCAGGAAGCCUUGACUAUGCACUCCAAAUAUUCAAUUCAAUUGAUUCCCCAACUGUCUUUUAUUGGAACACUAUGAUAAGGGCCUUCUCAACUGCCCAUUCUCCCCUUAAUUCCAUUGAAUUCUUCAUUAGAAUGAUGGAACAAGGAGUUGUACCUAAUAAGUUCACAUUCCCAUUUGUGAUCAAGUCCUUUUCCUUCUUGCUAGCUUUGUUGUUGGGGAAAGCCAUUCAUGGGCUUGCUCUAAAGAUGGGUGUCGACUCCGAUGCCUAUGUGAAUAGCUCCUUGAUUCGCUUUUACUCGAAUUGUGGCAGCAUUGAUGAUGCACUUCUCGUUUUCGAUAGAAGAUCCAAAAGGAAUGCUGUUUGUUGGAGUGCCAUGAUAGCAGGUUAUGCACAAGCUAAUCUUUUUAAGGAGGCCUUGCUCUUGUUCAACGAGUUUCAGAUGGAGAGGCUCGAACCCAACGAGGCCAUACUUGUAAGCGUCCUCUCAGCAUGUGCUCAUCUUGGUGCAUUGGAACAAGGGAGAUGGGUCCAUGUAUGUAUAGAGCGGAACAAAGUCUUGCUCUCUGUGAAUUUGGGGACUUCCUUGAUCAACAUGUACUCAAGAUGUGGAUAUAUAGAUGGCGCUGUUAUAGUGUUUGAUCAAAUGCCUCAAAGAAAUGUGUUGACAUGGACCUCCUUGAUAAUGGGUCUUGCAGUGAAUGGCCUUUGCAAUAGAGCACUAGUACUGUUUGAAGAGAUGCUCGAUGUUGGUCUCAGACCUGAUAGCAUAACCUUCAUCGGGGUCUUGACUGCAUGUAGUCAUGGCGGGCUAGUUAAUGAAGCUCAACAUCAGUUCGAUCGAAUGAUGAGAGAAUUUCGUAUUGUCCCCAAAAUUGAGCAUUAUGGUUGUAUGGUUGAUGUCCUUGGUAGAGCCGGGUUCCUACAAGAGGCAAACGACCUUAUAGAAAAUAUGCCAAUUGAGCCAGAUACUAUACUUUGGGGUGCUUUGCUCAAUGCUUGUAUUGUGCACAAGAAUGUAGUGCUAGGUGAGAAAGUGGGGCGUUAUCUUAUUGAUCUGGACUCUCAAAAUGAUGCGAAUUAUAUACUGUUGGCGAAUAUCUAUGCCUAUGUUAGGCGAUGGGGUGAUGCUCUAGAGGUUAGGAAGUUGAUGAAAAAGAGGGGUGUCAGGAAGUGUCCUGGGUGUAGUGUGAUUGAGGUCAAUGGCGUGAUUCACGAGUUCUUUAUGAGUGAUAAGUCGGACCAUCGAGCUUUGGAGCUAAAACCCAUGUUAGAUGAGAUGGUUCAGAGAAUCAGGGCGGCCGGUUAUGUGCCAAACACUUCCCAAGUGUUAUUAGAUAUUGAUGAAGAAGAAAAGGAACAAGCACUAUGCUAUCAUAGUGAAAAGUUAGCUAUUGCCUAUGGUCUUAUACACGUGGAUCCUAAGGUGCCUAUCAGAGUUGUGAAGAACCUUCGUGCUUGUGUUGAUUGCCAUACUGCAACUAAGCUCAUCUCUAUGGUAUUUGGUAGACAGAUCAUAGUAAGGGACAGGUUGAGGUUCCACCAUUUCAAGGGUGGGGAAUGUUCUUGUAUGGAAUAUUGGUGAGACAAGGAUAUAUUUGUUUGAAGUUCUUUUUUAGUGGGAUUCUGUCCUCUUGGUAAUAGUGGUUGAAGCAUUAAAGCUCUUUAUUCAGGUAUAGAGAUAUCAAGGGUGCGUUUAAACGGA